AUGUCUUCUGAAUCAGGAAAGCCUGCUGGUAAGCCUGUUAGGAAGCCUGGUUAUACAAAUCCGGCUUUCAAAGCCCUUGGCAUACCUACUCUAAGACUGCCCUCCCGAAACUGGAUGAUCUUCUGGUCCGUGCUAACGGUAUCCAUCGGUGGCAUAGCUUACGACAAGUACAGACAACGACAGACUUUGAACCGUGCGACAGAAUUAGUGAAACCGUUGGCUGAAGAAACAAUGGAAGUGGAUAAAAUUCCACGGAAGAUCACUGUUUUCAUUGCUCCUCCUCCAAACGAUUAUCUAGAAAGUUCAUUGAAAAUUUGGAGGCGUUAUGUUAAACCUGUGCUAUAUUAUGCAGGGUUGGAUUACGAAUUGGUUGAAGAGGAUAGACAAGGGACUAUCAGAACUAAUGUAGCAGACAGAAUCAGAGAAUUGAGAAGGGAAAUGUUGGCGCUAACGGACGAGCAGCCACUAAAAGAGCCCAGCACAGGGCAAGCGGCAGCAAAACCAAAAGGUUCCUUAUCAAGUAAGAUCUCAUCACUACUACCGCUCGGUAGAAGCGGCUCAGAGGGAUCGGUGGAUGAUGAAGCAUUCGAUCCAGAAAUGGGUAAAAAGUUCAAGAAGAACUUUGAUUGGAGAAACGUCAUUGGUAUUUUCUAUACAACGCCAAAACCAACGGAUAUAAUAAGUGAAGAUUCCUUGGUAAAGGAUCCCAUAUUAUCCGGAGGCGUUAUCUGUCUAGGCAGAGGUGCAUACAAGGAGUAUAUGGCUGGUAUACAUGAAGGCCUACUGGGUCCUAUUGAGAAGCCCGAGGAACAUCCACCUACGGAACCCAAAAUAAUUGAGGUGACUGAAGUUGAAGAAAUUGGGUCAAAGGCAGACAAGUCUAGUCUUACCGCAUUGUCGGAUGCGAAAAACGACACUGACUCAGAAGAGACAACGGUGCGAGAUGAUUUGAAACCAGAUGAGGAAAAGACUCCAGAAGACUCGCAAGUCUUUAAAAAGCCUUUUAUAACUCCAGAAGAAUAUCCUGAUUUGCAAAUUGCCCCGGAAUUGCAAACUCCAGAUGGUGGGUUCAUAAGAAACCCCAAUACGAAUAUCCCACUUCUCAUAAACCAACCGUUAUUAGUCAUCCCGGUACCCAACUUGAUAGGCUUUACAACUAUUCCAACAAGAAUAUGUCGUUUCUACCAAAAGCGUUUCUACGUCGAGAAUGUGUGUUCCAAUAUAGUCAACUGUGUCCGACAGACGUAUAUUAGGCCGUUUGACAUUUCAAAGGACAUUGAUUUGGCGAAAGACGAAGAAAAAGACUGGCCACAGAACUGGGUCAAACAGGGUAAAGAAAAGAACAGUGAAUGGACCCAGGAAUUAAUAUGCGAUCCUAGAGUCACAAAUCAUAUGUUUAUUUAUGAGGAUUUAUCCAAGGAAGAGCCCGGAUCAAGUAUUUGA